UCUUGACAAAUUUGAUAUUUAAGAAUAGGAAGUUUAAAAAUUUAAAUAGCAAGAGCAUGAACAUUUUGCAAUUUCUAACUGAAAAUGCCUUUCAGAAUUUGUAUGGUGUCGGAUUUUUUCUUUCCAAACAUGGGCGGAGUGGAAGAGCAUAUUUACAAUCUCUCCCAAUGUCUCUUACAAAAAGGUCAUAAAGUAAUAGUCCUAACACACAGUUAUGAGGAUCGAGUUGGUGUACGGUACAUGACAAGCGGUCUUAAGGUGUAUUAUUUACCAAUUAAAGUAUUCUAUAACCAAUGUGUUCUUCCAUCAAUGGUUUCCAAUGUACCUCUUAUAAGACACAUUCUUUUAAGGGAGAGAAUUGAUAUAAUCCAUGGUCAUUCUGCGUUUUCCGCCUUAGCGCAUGAAGCUUUAUUAAUAGGGAAUUUGAUGGGCAUGAAGACAGUAUUUACAGAUCAUAGCCUGUUUGGAUUUGCAGAUGCUAGUGCUGUGAUAACUAACAAAUUCAUUCACAUUUCGUUAUCAGACUGUAAUCAUUGCAUCUGUGUUUCACACACUGGAAAGGAGAAUACAGUAUUAAGGGCUAAAAUGGAGUCUUGGAGAGUUUCAGUAAUUCCCAAUGCUGUUGAUACCUACUCCUUUACUCCAGAUGUGGACCAGAGGUCAAAGAAUAAAAUUACAGUUGUUGUAGUGUCCAGGCUAGUUUAUAGGAAAGGUGUAGAUUUAACAGCCCAAAUAAUUGGAGAUUUGUUGUUAUUAGAAGAAAUACGUGAAAGAAGAGGCCUUCAAGAUAGAGUGAUAUUGCUAGGUGGUCUAGAACAUUCCCAAGUGCGAUCAGUGUUGGUCAAAGGAGAUAUAUUUCUUAACACAUCACUUACUGAAGCUUACUGUAUGGCUAUUGUAGAAGCUGCAUCAUGUGGUUUAAAAGUAGUAUCAACAAGAGUGGGAGGAAUUCCUGAAGUUUUACCAGACAGCUUGAUCUACUUGACAAAUGCAACUGUUCCAUCCUUAAUGAAAGGUAUGGAAGAUGCUAUAAAUGAUCUAAAAGCCCAAAAAGUGGUGUGUCCAUAUGAGUGCAAUAUUACAGUUAGGAAAUUCUAUAACUGGAAAGAUAUAUCUUCCAGAACUGAAAUUGUAUACCAAAAAGUGAUUAAAGAAGCUAAUAAAGACUUGGGUCAGCAUCUAAAGAGAAUUUCGAGUGUUGCCAUCUAUGUGGUGAUAGCGUAA